AUGAGCGCAGUCUCGCGGUGCUUCUGUGCUCGCCGAGUCCUCCGGUUGGGAGUUGAGAUGAAGUGCGGCGUCUCGUUCUGCUGUCUGAAUGCGAUUUCUUCUCCUCUUGAGCGUCGAGCUUCGAUGAGUCGUGCUCCAAUGGGGCUGGGUGUUGGAGUCUUCGGAUAUGCUCGUGUCUGCAGCAGCGUUGGCGACUUGAAGAAUGGGAAGGCUCUUUUUUCUCGAGAAGCUCUGCCUUCCGGGCGCAAAAAUGUGUACACGGCGAACAGCGACGUUCUCAGAUGUCUGACCGGCGUUUCUUCCGAUAAUCCUCUAUCAGCGACGGGGAGCCGACGUCCCCUUGAGCUGGUAUUUUCAGUUUUUAUCAUUUCUUAGAGCUAUUCGGACUUCCCCUAGACUCUAUUGAGGGUCUCUUCUGGAAACGGGAUUCUUAUUCACGUGAAUGCUAUCAUUUAAAUGUUUUUUUCUUCAUUUUUGGGGUUAGGAUGAAUAACCUUUUUGAAGAUGUUGUUCAGAGCGAUCACUAGAAAUGUGAAAUAUUGGCUACGACAGCAGCUAUGGUAUCACAUGCGGGUUGAGGAAGGGAAAAGAGCAAGUAUUCCCGAAUGCUUGAGAAUGAGAUCGUCUGACAAUCACUUAAAAAAUGAUCCUCCUGGUGAAAAAAUAAAUUGGGGACUUUCUAGCGCGCUGAAUUUAUAACCAUCAAAAUCAUGGUUUCUCCAUCUUUGGCAUGAUUCUCCUGAAUCAGAAUUAAAAUUACCUUGGGUUAUAUAAGAGAGACCCUUAAGGAGAAUCAUGACUUCUCCAAGGUGAGAUAUGAUUUUAUUAGAGGAACCUUGUCUCCAGAGUUAAAACCAGAAACACUUUAGGCUGUGGAAGAGGGACUCUGUAAAAGAGAUUAUUUGUGUUGUAGUCAUCUGAUUUACAUUACAUACCAUAUGUUCUAUUUUACAUAUACUGUGUACGUUUGUGAAGAGGAUUUUGUCUUUCUCUGAUGGGAUAUCAGAUAAAACUAUAAUGUAUUAUCUUUUCUCUUGUUGAAAGAAUAUUUCUUUGUUUGGCGGGAAUAUCAAAUAAACCUAAGAUGCACGCUCUCUUCCCUUAUGAAAUAAGUAUUCUUUUCAUGCUGGACGAAAAAGCACAAUAGCAAUGGUCUGAUUAAUAAUUUCUUUGAAUCUUGAAAUCAGAACGAAGAAUGAAUUAGACAUGGAUGAUAGCAGCCCGAGUUUCUUAAAUAUAGUUCUAAAUGCAUUUUUCAUUCCUGUUCAGUCGUAUGGCCCAUAACAUUAUCGUAAGAGUACCUUCCCCAAUAUAUUGCCCAGUUAGAUGAAUUGAAAAUUCAAAUCAUGACUUCCUCCAAAACUAGUUCUUAAACCAAGAGUUUAGAGCAAACAAACUCUUCCAACUUUAUUAAUUUCGGAUUUGAAUAUCAGCUUUUCAAAUUACGAUAAGAUAAUGAAGCUGUUACAAUUUCUGGAAAAUUUUAUCAACUUCCAAUGACUCUUCUUCUUGGAGUUAGUUUGGAAUGUACCUUCAUACUUGAUUAUUACUGGAGUUUGAAAAAUUAAUAAUCUCGAGUGGUUCAUAUUUUUUAUAGCGCAACAUGUUGGUUGCUGUCCGUUCAUUUGCCUCAUCGGCUGGUGGCUUGACAGACAAAACGCCAGUUCAGAAAACUGUGAAGCAGAUCGAAAAUGCUGCAACUGAUAAUGCAAAAGCUGAUGACAAGAUUGCGGAUAUGAUGAUAUUUCGUACUCUUGUGAAAUAUUUAUGGGCGAAAGAUAAUAUGGAAUACCGUUUAAGGUUUGUCACAGCAUUGGUUUUACUUGCAGGGGCAAAGGUGCGAACCUUUUUUUUUUUUAACUGUUUGACCAUCUCUAACAAUCUUUCUUCUAUAUAUAUUUCUGUGAUUGUGAGUCUGUAUGGGGUGCGUGUGAUUAUUUCCCUUGUUUCGUAAUGCUUUGUUUAAGUUCCGGAAUUUUUUUGUGAUAUAAUUUUUUUGGCUUUGCUUAGUUCUUAGAGUUUCUAGAACCCCACAUAGGUCAGAUGAUUCUAAUAGAAAUCUUCUCAUUUGAAAUUUUAUUUUCUCUUGCUUUUGGUGCCGGAAUGAAUUAACAUGGUUUCAAUCACGUGUAUUGUAUGAAGAGAUAAUCACUAGUUGUAAGGUUCAUUGAGAUAUUCUAGUAAAAAUGCGAUCAUCUAAAUUUUACAAUGAAACUAGAGAGUACUUGCCAAAAUCUUUGAGUGCGAUAUAAAUAUCUUCAACGAGAAUUUGUCAUACUUUCAACGAACAACAAGCAUUUUUCUUCUGUGAGCUUAUGCUUUUGAUCCUAGUUAUAGUAGAAGUGGCCUAAGCAAACCCAGUGUCCAAGAUGUCCUUGCCAAUACAUGCAUUACCAAGAGUUUAUCAACUAAAGUAUGUGGGGAGCAAGCUAUUUGCCUAUGCUGAUUUAGUCCUUGCAUUACCAAGAGUUUAUCAACUAAAGUAUGUGGGGAACCUUCAAAGCUUUUUCUGUUUACUCUCUUGUGAAGAGAGUUUUCCAAAUUUAGGUGGAGUAACAUUCUUGUAAAGGAGAGCUGCAUUUGUGCACAAAUUUGAUUUUAAUAUUCCUGUUUGGUUUUAAUCUGUUUCUUGAAAAAUGGCAAUCUUAUGCUCGGAUAUCAGUUUACUCUUGCAGUCGUAACCAAUAAAUGACUGAUAUUCGGAUGAAAGGAAUAUUAUUAUUCUCUAAUAGACAGACCUUCUGAUAAAUUUGAUUCAGAUUUGUUGUAAUCUAGUUUCUAGUUGCCUAGUAGAUCGAAGGUUCUCCUAGGAGGGAUAGAAACUAUUGUCCAUAUACCUAGUGCCAAAGCUUCUCUAUGAGGGUUCAGUCUCCUACAUGUUAUAUCUAAUAUGGCAUACUCUUUUCUUUCAAAUGUCCUGGGUAUUACAUUUUUUUGAGGUUCCUACCAGUCCCUUGGCUCCUGUAAUUUUAGUGGACAGAUCUUGAUAGGGGAGCAGAUUCUUGUUCAAGUAUGGAGCAGCUUCAUUUGAUACAUCUUUCUAUUGAUUGUAAAUAUUCAUUUUUAUUCAUGGCAUGGUUGUUUAUAAUGGACCCAUCUAAUCCAUUGAUGUCCUUUUCUAUUUCAUUAGAGAUGUAAGCGAUAACCAAUUUUUAAUUUUACUGCUUGAUUGUUAGAGCCUUGAUAAGGAGCAGUUCUUCAUCUAAUUCUGUAAUGCAUACUAAUUUUAAAUUGGUGACGUUAUUGGAUUAGGUGUCAGUGAAGAAUUUAUUGAAAAUCACUUUUCAACGAUGAUAUAACAUGUAUUAUUAUAUUCAUAUUUACGCUGUAUUGCUACUGAAUCUGAAUUCUUUACAUUCAUAUUUGUUGUCCUCUUUAGGUUGGAUUGUGUUAUCAUGGCUUGCCCUAGCUUUCUCAGUUUGCUCUUGUUAAUUGGAAAAGUGGGUGCAUAUCAUGUUCUCUCAUUGGAUAAGUACACAUACAUAUUCAAAUCUGCAGAAUGAAAUUAAUCCUUCAUUCAACCGAAACUUAGCACUUGUACACUUUAGCAGGGAAAACACUAACGGGGGCAGGGUUUGGCAACUUAGUAGUGGUAGAUGCUUCUUUGGAUCAUGCACUGCACAUCGAUGGAGUUAAUGCGGUCAUUACUUGCCUCCGUUUAAAAUCCUAGGAAGGUCAUUAUCAAUGUCAAGAUUAAGGUGAAGAUCUCAAGUUAGAUACCAACAGCCCCUUGGAGAUAAGCAUACGGUUAGUGGCCAAGAUGUGAUGUUAUUUUAUUAUACAUUCAUUCAAACUACUUCUGCAAAAGUCGGCUGUUGGGGUCGUUUUCAGUUUGAUAUGUGCACUGCAGCUGAUCAUGUUGAAAUAAGGAAACCUAUAGUCGCAUGGUAGCAGGCUGAUAUUUGCAAACUUAUAGUCAUUGCUUCAUCAGUGGAUCCACAUUCUUGGCCUUUUACAGCUGCAUCAGUAGAUCAAGUUUCUAUCAGCAUUUUUCACGAGACUGCUGAAUGUGAACUAAGUAGUGAGAUGAAAUGUCUGAUUUGAUGAUGUGUUAGUAAUUUGGAAUUGGACAAAACAUUGAUGUGAUAAGUUACGACUUUCUUAUAGAGGAAAAUAUGGUUGAAAUUUGUGCUUUAGCUUUUAAGUUUUUUGUGACCAACAAACUUCCUAAUUUUUAUGCCCCGUAUAGUUCUCAGCAUCUAGCUUAUUAUACUAAGAUGUUUCUGUGUGCAACAAAAGUAUUGUUAUAUUACGUGCCAUUCUUUCAGGAGGCAAUAUUCUUCUUUUAAGUUCUACUGUUUGAUGAUACAUUUGAUGAUUACUUAUCAUGUAUACAUUUAAUUCAAUAUCAGGUCAUAAACGUUCAAGUUCCUUUCUUGUUCAAGCUUGCUGUUGACUGGCUGUCAGCAACGACAGGUUCUGGAACUUCAAUGGCAUCCUUUACAGAAGCUAACUCCAUUCUCUUAGCAUUUUUUGUAAGCCCGGCAGCAGUUCUAAUUGGAUAUGGGAUUGCACGUGCUGGGGCAUCUGCCUGCAAUGGUAUCUUACAUGACGUAAUCGUUUACUACUUUACAGAAGAAUUUCAUAGAUUUAUAAUCAUUUGUACUUCACAAAAGAACUGUAAGCUUUUAGCUCUCACUGCUCAUAGGAGUCUAUUUCUUACUGCAUUUGUGCCGCACAUUUUUCUCAUCGGGUACCCUGCUGUCCUGAUUUAUGGAUUGAAUUUUCUCUCUUUGGCAGAAUUGCGUACUAUUGUGUUUUCUAAGGUAGCAUCAGGAGCAAUUCGCAGUGUUUCUAGGAAGGUACAACUUUAUUAACUUGUCUCUACUGUCUAGUUCAUGUUGACGUUUGCUUUCCAACCUUUUGGCAUUCUGAUUUCCCCUUCUUUGCAAAAAAGUGAAAAGCAAAACUUUUCGAGUUUACCCAACCAGUUUUUUAUUUAUAUAUUUAAUAUCCCUUGUUGACUAUUUAAGCUCGUUCUUUUUUUAUGUGCAUAUUUUCUAUGUUCAACCUUUUUUGCCUAGUAAGGCCUGUAGAUUGAACAAGCUGUAUCAUUUGUGAUGAAAAUGGGAGCCUAUGCCUUCCUAUGACCUUAUUAGAGAAGUUUCAGCCUUGCAAGCUUUUACUAAGUUGUAUGGAAGAGGAAUGGCCUAAUAUCUGUAAAUUUAUGAGGGUGUUUAGGUGUUUGGAGACAGUGUUUACGACCUUAGGAGAAGACUGGACACUACACUGUAAUGCCUAAUAUGGGCAAAUCUUUAUGGGCCUAUAUUCUUAAUGAGUCCCUAACACAAUGUAAGGGGACCUGUUAAGUUCUUAUCCUAGUAAACUUUCUAACACUUCCCCUAAAGUUGGCUUGAAGAUACUUAAUUUACCUAGUUUGUUAAUCUAGUGAUUGAACAAUUGUCUUUUAAAUUUCAUUGUUAAGAAUUAAUUUGUUGUUGUUUUGUAGGGAUAAAUGGAAUACUUAAUAGUCUUCUAUCCAAUUUCUCUUUGACAAAAUGCAGGUUGACCUCAGCAUGUUUCGUUCUAUCAUGAUACAUUAAGUUAUGAGAUAUUUUUAUUGCUACCUUGCCACCUAAAUAUAAUUUCAUGGCUUUGUUUUAUGAAACCUUCAACUUGUCUAAAAGUUACUUUAGAUGAAGAAGUUUACUUUUCCAUGUUCGAUGACUUGAAAUUCAGCUUCUGUACUGCUUUAGGUUAUCAAUUUCCCCCUUCACGAAGGUACAAUGUGCAAAUGUUGACCUUCUGUCAUCAACACUUCUGGGGCAAUCAACAUUUAUUUUUGCUUAUGUAUCUGCACUUUCUCUAUUUGUAAAUAUCAACUCUUUACCUCUAGCUUGUUUAAGAUGUGAGAAUUCUAUGGAUGCCCUCGAGUGGUUUUAUUUGGUGAGUGCAUUAAUUGACUUGCAGUGCUCAGUAUGAAAAUUAUCUGACAAAUAGAUUAAUUUUCCAACCAGAUGUUUUUUUCUUAUUAUUCUUAAUAUUUGUCCUUACAUUUUGUUGAAUUUCCUCUAGUUCCUUCGUUUCUUGAAGAACGACAGACCUUCUCGUGGAAGGGAAAAAAUGAACUUCUAUUCACAACAUCUGAGGGAAAAAUCACCUCAAGAUCAGUUUACAUCGAGACAUGGUGUGUUAUUUAUAACAGAUCCAUGGGAGAAGGUUCUAAACAUAGAGCCAUACAUCCCGAGACAUAUAGGUGAUGUUCACGUGCUUCUUUAAGUGAGGCACGUGACACACCUCACCCCAACUGCUAACGCAGUAUUUACACUGUAUUUCAACACAUUUAAAUUGUUGUUCGGAUCGAUAGGUGUUUCAGCUAGCUUGUAGGCUAACAUUCCAGUUCUGUGAGUGGUUCUUGUGUAUAUUUCAUUUGAGACAUUGAGAUCUGAUCCUUGAUUUGGGCCUGAUCCACACCCAAGUACUUGAUGAUCUGAGUUCUUUGAUUUCCAGCUUCUUGACGAGGUGUAUUUAAUUUCUCUAUUGGGUGAUUAUCUAUUGUUAAUAUGAUUUCAUCCAGAUACGCAAUGAGUAUUGGAAUCUUUCUACUAUUAGGAUUACAGAACAUGGUGCGAUUUGCCUGGCUCUGCAAAUAUCUAUAGGUCAUUAUGGACUUCCUAAACGAGUCAAGUUAUCCUCUUAGAGAUUGUUUGAAACCAUGGAUUGUUCUCUUUAACUUACUAGCUUUGUCGGACCACAAUGCUCUUUUGAACCCAGAUCAUUGCCCUUAAAAAGACAUUCUAUACAUCUAAUUGUUGUGUAAGCUAAUUGCAAAUUGCUGAACGAGAUGACAUGAUUCAUACACUAUUCCUCUCUGCCAUAUUUACAGAGGUCUCUUGAUUAUUUGAUUGUCUCAAAUGUUUGAGUGUAUCCUCUCGCCACCAGCCUUGCUCUGCACUUUUCGAUUUUUCUAUCGGCUUUAUAAAUUACUGUGAACUCUUGUUUACAAUAUUUUAGUUUCUUUUCUCUAGGAAGACACUUCCUCAGUGCCAUUCUUAUCCAAUUUUGUUAUCUCCUUGAAUACAUCCUCUUUUCUCUUGGGAACAACUAGUGCCUCUUUUACAGACAUGGGGAUUUCUAUGUUUGACAAGUUAGAAAGAAAAUGCUCUAAAGCUAGGAGGACAAUCUAUAGAUUCUGCAGUUGAGAUGGUAGACUUGUGAUGUGAAAUGAUUCGGAAGGUAAAUUUGCCAUGAGAGGGAGAAAUUUGUAUGACUCCCUUGAAGAGAAAUUUGGGAGAGAUAAGACUGAUUUUCAAAAAAGUUGCUUCCAUACUUGCGCACAAACUUUUUGUAAUAGGAUCAAAUGACUUGUAUUCUUUUGCACAAAAUUUUUGUAAUAGUAUCAGAUGACUUGUAUUCUUUUUAAAUUGGUGAGAAGCUCAGGAAAACACAUUUUUUUAUCAGUAUGAAAAAAAUGCUACACUGGACGCUUUAGGAGGCAAAUCACUGGAAAUCUGAGUGUGUGGAUUGGUUUAUCGAAGAAUAUUUUAGGGUUUUCAAAAUUGAUGCACUCGAGUUGGCAUUCUAUUGGUUAAAUACAAUGCAAUUAGGACAACUUCUCCCCUAACAUGUUUAGGAACUUCGGUAGUAAACUUAUUGGCCCGGUCAACUUCUAAGGGUGCCAAACUUUUCAUUCGGCAACUCUGUUUGUUGGCAUUUAUUGAAACCAGAUGUUUGACGUAUAAUACCCUUUUUCAUUCGAAACUUACUAUGGUUGGAUAUUUAGUUUUAUAUUCCGUUAUAAGUUCUCAGGACUGAUAUAGCAAUUUCGAAACAAACCAGUGGCACGAAAUUUUUCUUUCAACAAGUGUGUCCAACACAUUUUAGGAUGAUCAUCGACGAAAAUAAUGAACCACCUGGUCGAGUGAUUUUUUUCACUCUUGAUUUCUUUCAUAUAUCACUAUGGAUUAAGUAAAAUUUUAGUCUUUAGUGUCUGGAAUAGUUUCCAUCUCCAUGUUUUGAUAAAGGUCUAAUGUUUUCGUAAGGCUAUGCGGAUCUUGUAGUUAUCUGUGAUGCUCGACAUCCCUUGCUUAGUCUUUUUCACCUGGCGCUUGAUCUGAAAAUUUGGUGAGCACAAUUUUGUAAUAGGUUUUAUUUCCUGCUGUACAGAAAUCUGUGGCUGUAGAAAGGGGAAGAUCACUCUUGCUGAUUUUUGGCUGCAUUGAAUGGAGCAGCCAUAGCAUCAGAGAGAAGUUUGAGCAUUGAGAACAUGCUCAGCGGUGUUGGACAUGGCUGAAAACGAGGGGAAUAAAGAAAAAUAGUGUGCAAGUGCUGGGGACAGAAACAGGCAAAGAGUGAUGGGAAAGAGAGCCAUCAAAGAGAACUCUGAUAAACGUGAAUAAGAAAGGGAUUUAGAUGUGAAAUAAACAAUUGGCUGAAGGGAGAAAUCAGAACCUAGUUCUUGUUAGCGUGCCCAUUUUCGUGACUGAAGAACAAAUUUCUAGAUUUCAAAGUGUUUCAGUUUGUUUACCAUAUGGUUUUCGUUUAUAUUUUUUUGUCAAUGUUGAAACAUUGUUCACGUUAUGUUAUUUUCUGGUUUAUUCAUUUAUAUUUUAUUACUUUGUAGGUGUUUGAGCACCUUCAUGAUUUGGAUCUUCGAUAUCAUUUAAGGUAUUAUCAUCUAAGGACAGGAUGCCACGUACUUCUUAAUUUCCUUUUAUUUGAGAAUUUUGGAAAUGCUUUUGAAAUUUGAAUGGUUUUUGGAGUCUUGUUGCCUUUCUUUGUUGGGCACGUAGCCUCUCUUUGGAACUUGAUUACAUGAUCCAAUAUUUUUUAUUUUCUAUUGUAAACCCAGGACAAUGGUCUCGUUCUUGCAAUUGAGGAUCAUCUCAUCUAGUCUUUACGGAUACUUGACAACUCUAAAUAUAGUUUAUAGUGCCCAGAUGCUGCAUACUGUAAUGUAGAGGCCAUCUCCACGAUAUCAGAUAUAUAUAGCUCUCUACCCUUAGAGUAUUCUCUUCACCGGACAGCUUUAGUUGUUCUCUCACCACCAAUCUCCAGGAGGAGAGGAAAAGUGGAAGAAAAAUAGUCGAUUGUGGCACCAGAUGUGGAAGACGUACCAGCUGUUUGUGACAACAUAGAAAACACAAACCGGUCGUUCAUGAUAGUAGAGAAUAAGAUGUGGCAGCUAGGAUGAUUGAGCUCAAAAUAAAUGAGAAAUUAGAAGUCACGACCAAACCUCUAGCUCUGAUACCAUGUUAGAGGAGAAAACCUUAGGCUGCUGCCAGUCAAGACGAGGGUGGAGGAGAAAAAUGAAUAAAUGAAAUUCACUAUUAAUGGUAAGUCAGGUCUGAUAUUUAUACCAUACCUGCAAAGGUGGAAUAUUGGAUCGGGUCAGUUAUACAACGAACUGAACCGAGAAAACCAGUCUUAGAAUAAAAAGUAUAAUAGACAGAAAAGUAAAAAUACAAUAAACACUAAUUCCUUAUACUCCAACUAUCAUUAUUAGCUUUGACACUGUUGGAGCGAUAUCAUUAUCAGCGCCUACUAUUUAGCUCUUUGUUACAGCAUGUUGAUAUGUUCAGUCUUAAAUGUCACUCCUUGACUAGUAAAGCAGCAUGGAUUAAAAUUGAAAAAUCUUCUGUAGAUUUUUUAUUAAGAACGUACGUGGCUUUAUUUUUAACGCUAUGAUAUGCUUAUCAUUGUUCUUUUGCCAUAAUUUCUCCUUCGCAGUCGUCAAACUGGUGCAUUGAAUCGCAUAAUUGAUCGAGGAAGCCGUGGGAUAAGUUUUAUUCUUUCAGCACUUGUCUUCACUACGUUACCCACUCUUUUAGAGGUAUGAUUCUUUAUUGUUUCAUGUACAUAUUUUAUUCUACUUCUUCUCUACAGAGAUGAUUGUAUCAGCUUUAUUUCCAAAGAGAAUAUAUGGAGUUUACUCCUAUGUUGGUGGAGAAGCAAUAAAUUAUAAGCGUUUGAGCUCUUUCUAUAAAAACAAUAAAUUGUUUGGUGCUACAUGCCCAAAUUAUUUUUUACAUCUAAUAUAGAAGACUUUUAAUUCAAGUGCUGACGAAUCCUUUGAACAUUUCCAUCUCAUGGUGAAACCUAGUGAAUCGAAACAUUCUAGUUUCCUUUAGGUUGCAAAAGAGACUUUAGAUUACACUGAGGACUGCCUUUUGUUAUGCCAUUCUUGUCUUAGCUGUUGGACGAAUCAUGGAUGUCCAAUUAGUUAGAGUAAUUUAUCUUGCCUUUUAUCCUUUGCUUCUUGGUGCCUAAGGCUCCUCUUGGACGUGGUAAUCUUUUAAUACUAUGGGAUUUUAUGAUUUAGAUUUCGUUUGUCUUCUGUCAUCUCUCAUCACUUACCCUGAACUAAAGCUGUUAUAUUAUUAACCUUUCUCUCACUUGACAAUAUCAAAGUCAUGCAUGAUGCAUAUGCUGUGAUACCCACUAAAUACCCUAGCACAUUGUCCACAACUUUCAUCAUGGAAACUUUGUGUCUACUAUUAGAGAGGACUUUCCCUCUAGGAUUGAGAACAUUGUCUGUACAAGUCAGCAAUUGGUGAUAUUAUCCUGAAGAAUGGGAAAACACUUUCCACGAUGAGAUCUUUUAAAUUUUUCGUGCAUCCAAAAUAUAAACAAAUAUUUUCAAAUAUGCUUACUGACAGCAGGGAAUCAUAGUGUGAUUUUAAAUAAUCAUUACGUACACUGGCUAAAGUCUAUGUAACUGGGAGACAUAAGCUAAGAACACAUUUAUGGCAUUAUUUCUUCGUAGGUUAACUCAAAUGAUAAAAAUAACAUAUGAAACAUUUGUGGUGCUGAAUGAUGUCCUAAUUUUUUUUCUCUUUCAAAUGUACUUCUAACUGUAUCUUAGCUUCUUUUGAAGGCCUCAUGGGUAGAAAAUAGUUGUAAUUUUAUUUAAUCCUGAACAUGGAAGUGCACAUGAUUUGUUUCUUGCAUUCCUCUUAUUGAUUGUCUAAGCAUACCUUUUUCUAGAUUUUCAAUGUUCUCUUUUCCAGAUAGCUAUGGUCUCAGGGAUCCUGGCGUAUAAUUUUGGAGCUUCUUUCGCAUUCAUUACAUCCUUGUCUGUUGCAGCAUAUAUUACUUUUACUCUGAUUGUGACGCAGGUAUGAUUUCGGGCUAUCAUAGUUCAGUUGAUGAGAUAUUAUUUUCUUUCUCCCUGAACUAAUCGCUUCUCAUCGGGGCCAGUAUUUUUCAUUUCUUAUUUUCAUGUGGUUUAUGUCUUCCUGAAAGCCAAAACCGCGUCCUAUAAUGUGAUAUCACUUUUCUCUUUUUCCAGUGGCGCACUAGGUUUAGACAGGUCAUGAAUAAAGCUGACAAUGACUCAAGUUCAAGAGCUCUUGACUCCCUUUUGAAUUACGAGGUUAUCUUUCAAGGAUAUUUUUAUUCUUCUACUAUAACCAAGAAUUUGCUCGAGUUGAGCUUCUUCUAAGCAUUCAAUACCUUUUACAUCCAGACUGUCAAAUACUUCAACAAUGAAUCAUUCGAAGCUGCAAAGUAUGAUGAGUUUUUGAAGAGUAAGUGGCCGUUAACAUAUGCUAUUGGAAAUAAUCCAUAAUGCUCAGUUUGUUUUCACUGAUGUCAAAAUCUAUAAGUUGGUCAAACAAAAACCAUAAGGUCUUAUUCAGCAGCUCAGGUUGUCCAGGCAAGUACCUUGGCACCACCACCUUGUUGAUUUAAACGCCCUAAAAACCAUGGUUGAAUUUUUUUCUAUUGGUUAUAUUAUAUAGAUACAAUUUCAUUCUGUCAAACUUCUAUGUUUCUUAUAUUAACCUUGGUUCAUGCACCAUACGCUUGCACAUGAAGAAAUGAUGUCAGGAGCUUACUGUAGAUGUUUGGAGUAACAUCUUACUAGUGAAGAAAGAGUGUCUAGAUGUAGUUUCACUUGCAAAUGAAGGAUGUCAAAAGGGUACUGAUGCUUAUUGUAGAAUGUUUUAGUGGUGAAGGUAUGGACUAGAGUCUAGAACUCGCUUUGUGAAUCUAUAUGCCUGAAAAUAAUGUACAGAGGGUUAUUCAAGAUGACAUCGGGCAAAUAUCUAUUUGGCGAAGUUAUAGGCUCAAAUCAUCCAUUAUGGCAGAGUAUAUUGUCGCUCAUAUCUGAUUUUCAGUGUUACUUAUAAUGGUAAGUAUUUCUUCGUAUAACCUGAUUGUUUGGGAUCUUAUUUUUCAGAAUAUGAAGAUGCUUAUCUGAAGACACAGAAUAGUCUUGGUUUCUUGAAUUUUGGUCAGAAUGCAAUAUUUAGUGUGGCUCUGUCUGCAUCAAUGGUUUUAUGUUCUCAUGGAAUCAUGAGCGGGAAACUGAGUGUUGGUGAUCUGGUAAGGUUUGUUAUUUUGUUUUAUUUUUUUUUCUCUCGACUUAACUUAUGUUUCUCCUUUUCUUCUGGUGUACUUGUUGCCAAGUUGAACUCUGAUUCCUUAUAUGAUAUGUCACAUACAAACUCUUCUCAUAUGAGUUUUUUUUUAUUUUUCAUAGAAGUUUUAUGUCCGAAAAUGUGUUUCACCUUUGCACAAAAGUUUGAAAAGACAUGGUUUAUAAUAAUGUUAUUCGAUUAUAUGUUGUCUUAAUAGAUUUUGAGGAGUUAUGUUAAAAAGUUGAGAAGAAAAUUCUGAUAUUACAAUUAGUGGACGUUGUUUGCCACGCCUAUAUUCUGAAAUUUUUAGCUCGGAAAAUCAUGAUGUGUUCUAGGAUUAUCAUAGUCGCAGUAUUGAUUUCUGUUCGUUAGCACUCUGCUAUUAUGGGCAUAUGGCUUUAUGUAGCAAUCUUAGUUACGGACCAAAGUUCAAAGAAAAGGAUUUUUUUUUUCUGGUUUUCAUUGAACGUUCUCUCUCGAGAUGGUAUCAUCAUAUGCAUGUUUUGUCAUCUGAUAUUCAACUUCCGCCUGCAAUUUCUAUUUCUGGUCAUAACAAUGUUUGCUGGAUCUAUGCAGGUCAUGAUCAAUGGUCUACUCUUUCAGCUUUCUUUGCCUCUCAACUUUCUAGGUAGUGUAUAUCGUGAAACGAAGCAGAGCCUCAUUGACAUGAAGUCCAUGUUUCAACUGCUGGAGGUACUUUCCCUGCUCCGUUCAUAGUUACCGGUGAAUGUCUCUGAAGUAUCUUCUCUCUUCUUGCUUCUCUUUUUUUUGUUUUGCUGUUAGCAAACUUUGCUGCUAUCUAUCUAUUUUCCUGGUUCAUGCUCAUAGUGAACCGGGAAAAUAAUGUAUAAAUCAUUUCCUAGUGUUGAAGUUCCAGGUUUUAUUGGGUGUCAGACCUAUGGGUGUAUGAUUCCGACAACCGUUUUAGUUCCUGGUUUCUUCUUAUUUUCUUGAUGUGAUAUGGAUAAUUAUGUACUUUUCCUAAUAAGGAUUUCAUCAUAAGUAGAUUGCAUAUCCCAAGUGAGAGUUUCUGGUUUGUGCGCAAUUUCUGUUAAAAGGACCGAGUUUUGCAGCUUCUCUCCUGCACCCUUCUUCUACAUGUUAUUGAAAUGCUGAUUGAUCGGAGAUCAACAUGAAGAGCGCGCCCUGAAGUUCAGGGUUUUCAAAGAAGGAAGGGAAAAAUAGUCCAUCCAACUUCUUGCUACCUGCCGGCCAAAAAUCUGAAGGAUGUGCCAUACACCGAAAAUCAUAGUUUCUUCCGACCAGUAAAUCUUUCAUUAUUAAAGAGAAUAAGUCUUAACUGCUGCGAACCUGGAAUGAAGAAAUAAGAUAUUUUCUGUUGUAUGCCUGGUUUAUGAUUCCACUGACUUUAAGCUUUUAUUUUUUCUUCUCUUUUAUAACCGCAGCCUGUCUUUCUUCUUUCUUUUAAUUUUUAUGCCAUCCUAGAGUUUGUCCUUGGCCUGCAUUGCUCAACAGACUCUCUAUUUGAAUGUAUUUCUCCAGAAAAUGACAAGGGAAGGCUCCCUUUAUUGUUUUGUAGAGUACUAGUGUUCCCACAAAACCUGUGGCACAUUCUUAGAUUUCUUGAGAAAUCCAAGAGUACCUUUCCUUAGGUGAAAGCAGGUUCAUUGCAUAUUUCCAUUCUUAUGGGGCUUGUCCAUUCUUGGUGUUGCCAUCUGACUCCAGUAUGUGACAUCCCAAUGAUCCAUUGCUAGAAUAAUGCCUUGAUACCAUGUAUAAUGGACAAUGUGAGCUUAAAGGCCCAAUAUGUAAUUUUAUAAAGUAGACAAUCAGGGAGAUAUGACUUCUUCUUGAGGAGAUGUAUAGUUAGAAGUAAAAUGCAUGUUGUAUCUCUCAACUUGGAAGCAAUUCAUUGAACUGAAACCAGAAAAUUUGGAAGUGUUGAGCUAUUUGAGCUACUUUGGCCUCUGAGAAGCAAAGGGAAAGAAUUUUCUGACUUCUUGUUUAUUAGUUGGGCAAAUGUAGGGUAGUAGAAAAGUUCGCUUAAUAUCUUCUAGUUCGUAAUUCGCUCGAGUCGGGUAUUUGAGAAACUGAGAGGAUCGAUUCUGAGUUUAAAUCCAUAGUUGUAUGUUUCAAUAACCUAUGAUAUGUACUCAAGUUAUUCUUAUUUAUUUAUUUUGUCCUUGGACCAUUUAUGGACUAGUUAACUUGAUGUAACGUCUGCAUCCUGUUCUUUCCUGUAUUCGGGUUUCAUCUUUACAGAUUCUUCACAAUAGUGUGUGCUCAAUAUGGGAAAUAUUUCCUGGUCUGCCAAUAGCCCCAUUCAAACGAUCAGACUAAGCAAGAUGCUUUGAACUCAUCUGAUGCACCUGCCAUCUUUCACUGCUUAAGUCCUCUAACUCAGUAUCAUUCUAUUGAUCUUUUUAUGCCUAGUGGGUAUUAUGUAAUGAAAAAAGGAGUUAAUAGCUGUCAAAUGAAAGUAUGAUUUUAAAUUGUCAAAUGAAAUUCGUAUCUCUUUUUUCAUUUAAAAACAGGUAAUUUGUGUAACGUUACCUCUGAUAUUAUGGGUCCUUUCGACUGUUUCUUUUUUUCAUUUGUGCAGGAGAAGCCUGAAAUUAGGGACAGGGAUGAUGCGAAAUCUCUAAAGAUCAGUGGAGGAACUAUUGAGUUUGAUAAUGUACACUUUGGGUAUAUCUCUCUCUCCUCUCUGAAACAAGUGAAUUACCAUCAAUAUUUUUAAGUGAAGGCAUAAAUUCCAAAGCUAACUAAAGUAGGAGUACAUAAAACAUGUUCCGAGUAAAAAAAAGAGCCUUUGCAUAAGUGGCAAUAGAUCUAGGUUAGUAGGUUGCUAAACAAGCCCCUAAAGAAGGGCACAUGAGGAACACACAAUUGAGGCAAUGCAGCGGAAGUUCUUCCCACAUUCAUAGAUCUCUUCACCGACCACUUACUCAAAUGAAGUUAUUAACGGGAAGAAAACUAUCCUCCUUACUGGCAUAACCAUAAUUUUCAAUGACAACGUGUCACUGUGGACAUGGUCAGUCAACCCCUACUCCCUUUUCCAAAGAUGUCAUUCUGAAUUGUCCGCUGAAUUCCUCUCGAAUUUUUGCAUAUUAGAUUUGCCCAGGCCUUCCUUUUAUUCGACUUCAGCCCGUCAUUGGCGAUACUCAAACACAGAAAAUUCAGGGGCUACCUAUCGAUUCAUAGUUUUUCUAACAUAUCUCCCAUGACUUUCUUACCCUAUUGUUUUGCAGAUUCUUGAUGUAUUUUUUGGGCCUGCAAUGAGCUCGUGAUAAUUUCUCUCAUUCUGCCCUUAAGUACGAUUUAUCAAUUUGAUGAGCAUAAUUAUUUGAAAGAAGAAUCACCACCAUCUUCUCAUCGUCUUCCACAGCUGAAUUUUUUUUCCUCUUCUACUUUCAUGUUGAGCCCAAGCGUUUCUUCGCUCUUGAGAUUUUUUUUCGGCUGUUGUCCUGAAACGAUCUUCUUUGGGACGAUCUUCUGUUUCCUAUAAUUUACUCCCUCAUCAGGCUCGUCAAUCCAUGGUGUAAUGCUAUCACUUAUCUUCCCUUUCCUCAUGAGUGAGUAUUGUCAGCUGAAUUGGGUAGGGUGCAUUUAUUGGCCAGGAUAAUCUAUCCAAAUCUGACGGGAAUUAGACUGAUGUGGAGUUGAUUGAUUUGGUUCUCCUCCACCAUUACUGGAUCAACCUAUCGCUCUAUGUUCCUCUUUUCCUCUUCCUCUGUAGAAAUGUCCUGUCUCAUUUCCUGUUCUGUUUCUUUCUCUUGGUUCACAUGCAGUAGCCAUUCACAGCUCCAAAAGCAUAGAAAAUAGUGGCUUCCAUAAUACUUGACAAGGAUUGAUGCGUUCUUUAAAUCAUGCCUCUAUUUUCUCCUCAUGAUUGGUCACGCUAUGAAUUUUAUCAUACCAUUUACUUUCCCCUAACUUACAAGGGUCUGUGUCCUUUUAUGGUGGUAUAUACAACCAAUGUUUUCUAACUUCUCGCAAUUUUUUCUUGAGGUUGGCUAAACUGGAGCUUUUGAUUAUGUUCUUUCUUCUACAUGCUGCGAGUUAUUUUUCACAUCUUUUCAUGCUGCUGACAAGGACCUGGUCACAUUGUCUUCAGCUGACCAAGGAAAAACCAAUUUUGUUUUUGAUCACAUCUCGUAUGUCUGUUAGCUUUAGUGAGUUGAAAUCUCAUAACUAAAAAGCUUGCUAGCAUCUAUUCUUUUUCUUUUUGUUGGAUGUUUUUUUGGUUGUGUAUUGCCUUUUUCUCUUAUGCAUUCAAUGAAUUGAAUUUUUCUGCCUACCGUUCUGUCAUCAUAUGAUUUACUUUUGUUAAUGAGAAGGGAUAAUGUGGGAAAAAACAUGUAAUUAAAGGUUAGUGUCUGUUGGUCAGUCUGCUAGGUUGGUUAGACUGUUUGUCAGUUUCCUAGUUUGGUUGGGUAUCCCAUAAUUGUAUAUAACUAGAAAUCGUUCUAUGAAUUGAUAAGUCAAUUUUUUUUCCUGACUAUCUUUCCUUGUUUUAUUUGCGUCAGAUAAAAUACAAUCAUUAAGCAUAUGCGUUUUUGGUUUGUGAAAGAAUGGCACUCCAUCUCCAAACCUAUUUGCAGUGAGGGGAUUAGACCCAUCUAUUUGAAUGCUAUAGAUUUUGUUCUUCCAACCGGUAUGGACUAGUGGAACAGGUCGCUUUAUCGGCUUUCUGAUACUUCAGGACUUGGAAAUGGUAGUGCAUAAAGUACAAUGGCAAAACCUAUAUGGUUCCAUCUGAAAGAAUUGGGCCAUCCACUGAUAAAUUAUUCUUAAGAGGAAAGCAUAAAGCCCUUGUAUUUAAGAUAUACUUUUUAAUUGUGGGACUAUUCUAACAUGUUGUUAACUAAGACUUAUCUGGUCUGAUGCUCAUUCGUAAGGUUCCUUCUUUGAAAUAGUUUUUUGAUUCGGGUCCUUGACCUAAGACUUUUGAUGUAAAAGAUUUGACCACCUGCUCGAAAUCAUUCAUUUAUGAAUGUACUAGGCUCCUUUGUUUUAACUAGAGGCUUUGUAUUUCCCAAUCAAUCUAUACGAGAAUUAUGCUUUUAGUUCCAUUUAGAAUCAUUCUUCACUUAUCUUGGGCAUGCAGGUGUGAGAGAUCUUCGCCCAUUGCGCCGCAGGUCUAGGUUUUAUGUGGAUCUUUUACUCUCUUCUCACCUCCCUUCUCUUGAAUUUCCGCAUGGUAUCAUGGCAGGUUCAAGGAACAUAGAACCCACUACUCAUCUUCAGCAAUAACAAUUUCUUCUAUCAUCAGUGGCGUUGACCUCUUCAUACUUUCACAAUGGACGCAUUAUGAUCAAACGUCCUUUGAUGGUUUCUUCCAGCAUCCUGGUCAUUCAUCUUAUUUCAAUGGACACAUCCUGCUGACCCUACUUCCUCUAUCAGACUCUGUUUGGGCGAUGCGUUCCCCUGCAGUUUCUGCUGUAAUGCUUGUAGAGGCAGGGACAGACGUAGGGCACUCGUCCGGAUGUAAACCCUGGUCUGACCCCCUCAGUCCUUUCUUCGAGAUGAGUCCUCUAUUCAUCUGUCUUCUCUGUGAGUACUGCAAUAGCAAUAGCAGCGAGUCUGUCAGGUGCCUAGUUCCUGAACUUGUCCCCCUAUUUUCAACAAAGGAUUUGUAUUCCCCCAACUAGUCUGGGCCUGUUUUAGCAUUUUUAUUUUCCAAUGCGUUAUCAGGAAAAAAUGAUCCUUAAACUCCAUUUAUGGUUAAUAGUUUUCUAAUUGGGAUUCUCCAGCUAUUCUUUUAGUGUGAAAUAUUGGUCUCUUGAAGAAGAUGAUAUGAUAUUGGCUGUUCUGCGGAAACCAUCUGACAUAGUUGUUUCAUCACUUGAAGAAGAUUAUAUGAUGACGGUCUGUGCUGUGAUUUUUCAGGCUUGGAUGUUCUUUCUUCCCCCCCCUUUUUUUAGAUUCUUUUGGUGAGCCUAAUCCCGUGCUAUUUAUGAAGAAUAUGUUUCCGUCUCUCCAGACAUUUUUUUGGAGAGGAACACAUUACUAUUUUAAUAUCCAUCGUCCCUUAACCUCAGUACCAAACCAAAACAAUGGAGAAGUGUUUGAUUGUUUUGUCCAUGAUUGCAUUCUUAGUUUUAUAUUUUUGAGGUUUCCGAUCUUUCAUCUUUUGACUUCAAUUGCAUAAAAAACUUCAGUCCUUUUGAAUGUGGGUAUUUUCAUGUUUGUUUGCAGAUAUCUAACAGAACGAAGAAUUCUUGAUGGAGUAUCUUUUGUUGUAUCCGCAGGAAAGAGUGUGGCUAUUGUUGGAACCAGUGGCAGUGGUACGCAAUAAUGUUUUUGUAAUUUUAGUGCCCAUGGUGACAAUAGAAGAUCUAUUUUUCAUGGAGGACUGAUCCUCUUUUGAGAUUUAGAGUUAUAUUUUGGCGUUUUACACUAGGUCAAGCGAGUUUAUUUAAGAAUUGUAUUCGUAGAAACUCUAGAGAUUCUCGUGGAAUGUGCUUCUGGUAUGUAGUCGUUGAAGGCCAACAAAUGCUGUAUCGUGAUGGCUGGUUACUUCGAAUUCUGAAGUCAAUGCAGACAAGUGCUAGUCAAUGAAUGAAAGGAUAUUGGGAAAGAGGUGACUGAGGGCGAAAAUAAAGUGAAGAAGAAUGGAGAGAAAUGGAUACUAACUUUCUCUUGUUGAUGCUAUUGUGCUGCUUGUUCUUUUCCUUUUUCUCCUUGUGGUUGAUACUGAUCAAUCUGUGCUGUAUCUGGGGCUGCAAUGGUUAGUGAACACUGUUUAUCGUAAUGAAGUGAAGCACCAAGGGGGAGAGGGGUAGAUGAGUAAAAAGUAUAAUUUAUAGACUUUUUUUACAAAGAGGACUGUUUCUCUUUCAUGGUUGAGGAUAAUUGAUGGAUACGGAAAAUUAGAGAAAUAUAAAAUUUCCCUUUAAGGGACUAAUGACUAGCAGGUUGGCAUUUAAUGGAUGGCCAAUCAACUAAAAACAUAAAUUGUUAAUUAAUAAAGCAUUAGAUUUUCAAGGCGUUUCAGAACUACCCUCAUUUCACCAAACAUAAGCAUGAAACGUAUUGUGAUCUUCAUCAAUGUACCCAAUUGUGCCGGACUCGAUUGUGGGGAAGAAAGAUUGUGACACUGAUCUAGAAGGUCAUGUUCCAGAUGAUGGGACUCAUCCUUAGUAAUUCUAGCAACAUGACUUGUAGGACUAUUUGAUCCUCCAGGACAUCUUUCAUCUGAUUCACGCAUCAAGAUGAAUCACGAUGUUACAUGUUUAUUGGGAUGGUGUCUCUAGUUGCAAAGAAUUUGCCUCUCCUAUUUGCCUAGUUGGGCUAGGUACAGAAAUCUCGAAGUUGCUUCGUCAGGGAAAUUACUCUGCCUUGAAGAGUGAACUUAAAUUCGUAUCAGAUGGAAAAUUUAAGGCACAAACACAAGUCCUUCUAGAUGGGAUGGAAGGGUUUUGCGUCUCAAUCAUGAAACCAUCUGAAGGAUAUGCAAUACCGCUCAUUAUGCUCGCAUGCCAUUGCGCAAUAUCCUGUUUUGAAUUCCUGAACUUAUGGUCCAAAUCAUUGGUAAGACAUAUAUUCGGCACCACAUGUUGCAAUUAUGCACUGAAUUUCAGCAUGCGAAUUCUACACUGAUAUUUGUCAUUAUACUCUGGAGAGGUUACGUAUCGUUCUCAGGAAAAUCAUCUCCCUAGGUGAAGCUUUGUGUAGGAAGCUUCUUGUGUCUUCUCUUAUCAUGAUGAAGACCAAUCCUGCCGUAAGAGUAUGUGCCAUUUUGGUCCGUAUGAGGGUGGCUUCCUACCAUUGUUAUAAGACGUGUGUAAUAUUGGUUAUCAAUUUGUUGUUUUGCUAGUCAUCUUAGGUGGGUUCUUGUGAAGUUUGCUUAGAUAAACUUUCAUGAAAUUCUCGUUUAAUAGACUGUGUGAGAACUGUGAACAUGAUGUUAAUCUCUUUAAUACUACUCGGUGAAGACGAAAGUCUGGGUUGAACUAUGUAAUUUCCUCGUUGAUAAAAUAUAGGAAUCAAGACCAAGUAUGGAAGCUAAUGUCAAGAUGCAUGCGGGCAAUGGAUACUGCGCUGAGUGGUGAUGACAUGACGCUGGAAGCAGGAAAUGAUUGUGGAGGACUGGAUGAGAAAAAAAGUAGAGAGAUCACAUUAUGUUUUAAUCCACUACAUUUAAUCCUGUGUUACCUCCCUCCAUGUAGUUGUCUCAGAGGCUAGAGUAAUGUAAUCACUCUUUUGAGGUCUGCUGAUAUGGGUUGGACAUGAAUCGCCUCUGAGUUAAGCUGACUUCUCAGACAGGUCUCAGGUCUGCUGACUUAGACUUCUCAGUCAUAGUCAGGUCGUGUUAGUCAUGCACAAGUUGGUGGAUAGAGAGGUAUUCUUCAGUAAGCAGACAUCACGACAAGGAACAAUGUCUAGGAAAAAGACAUUUUUGUAAGACAGUCAGAAAUUUCUAUCGGAAUACAAUCAGCUCUAUUUCACUUUUAAAGGCCUCGUCUUCUCUAUGCAUUGAUAAGGGAUGAUGAAGAAUAGAAGUGGAAGAGCAUCAUUGCUUGAAUGCAGGCUUCUCUGAAGGACUAUAUUACAACCUGAGACCUGUGAUCUUACUCCGUCUAUAACCUAAAGUAGUCCUAUGCGUACCUUCAAAAAGCCAGAUUAAAAGAUGCUUUGAGAUUUUUGAUAACCCUGUCAAUCUGUAUGGAUUAAAUCUGGCACUCUACUUACUGAUGGAGUGAGGCUGAUGGUAUGUUUAUCAAUUUCUUGAACACUAUUUUCCUUGGAUUAGCAGAUUAGGACGUGAUCAUGUGAAUGAUGAUUUCAAGUUGAAAACGAUGCGGUGAAGUUACAGGAAGAACUAAUAAGGAUCCCAGUCUUCGAUGGAUUUUUUUAAUAUUCCAUCCAGAACAUGACAUCCUUGGGAUCCAUUUCGUAUGUUAGGUUUAGUUGGUGUAUUUGGUGGGAGCCUAUUCAGUGCUAUGCAUCAUUCUUUUGUAACUUCUAGUAUGAUCCGGGAAACCACUGAAAACUAGUACACAACGGACUGGACACAAACAAAAGAAAAAAUAAGAGGGCAAUGAUGAUGACCCUAUGUUCUGUUCGUUUUCCCCUGCCCCGAUGAUGCGUUCCUAGCUCGCGGAGCUACAUACCAGAAAAAAAAGACUCUCUCUAUGACUUUGAGAAGAGAAUCAUUGGUUUGACCGACGAAGGCGCUUGAGGAUAUGGUUGAGAGGAAGAAACUAAUAAUAUUAUAGCUGCCCACGGUUUUUUCGCCGAUUAAUGUCCAAAUAUGUUAGUUUCAAUAAAUCUCUUUCCUCGCACUUUUUUCCUAUCUGCUUGGCCUGUAGGAGAGGUAUUUGGCUCACGACUUGAGGUAUUAGUUCCAUGGCUUUCAACCCAAUUGGUUAGAUUUUAGUCAGUCUGAUUGAUUGCCUAGAUAGUGUAUUUGACACGUGUUGAUACCAUUGCCAGAUUUUUCAAUUGUGAUGCACUGUGUAUGGGAAUUCACAUCGUGAUGAUGGUCACCACUAGAAUUUGUAGCUGUUAUGAUUUCUUGGUCAUGAUGCAUCAUGUAUGGGAACUCACACCGUGAUGAUCAUCAUCACAGAAACUUGUAGCCUGAGGGUAUAUUGGGAAAGAUCAUGUAGUUUCUCUCCCUAUUUAAGGGGUGAUAGAUGUCAAUGAAAAGUUAGGUGGUUUCCUGCUCCUCCCUGUCUUCGUUUAAACAGUCAUUAACCAUGCUAACCUUGGUACGAAGUGAUGCAGGGAUGUAAUGCACACAACCUCCCUAUAGACUUAGCAGCUGUUGAAACUCCAUCUAGAAAUGAAUAAGGCUUUUGUCUUAGUCUAUAGGGUUCGUUCAAGGAUAAAUAUCCUCUCUUCCACAAGAUCUGAUAUGCUUCUAUAUCAAUUACUGUGAUUGAUUCUUGAACUUUUCAAAAUCUGGAGAGAGAUGAGAGGCUUAUUCAGUCAACAGGUUUUUUGAACCAUAAGCAAGCAUGUUUGGGGUUUAUGUAAAAUCUUCUUUUAAAGGGCAUCAUUUUUUGUAUUUAUGAAAUGUGAUUUUAUAUAUUUGGUUUCCUCUGUACUGAAUGCUUUGAUUUACCUCCCUUGUCCAGGUAAAUCGACCAUUCUUCGACUUUUGUUCAGAUUCUUUGACUCUGACUUUGGAACUGUAAGAACCCUUCUUAUCUUCUUUUCAUUGAGUAAAGUACUUUUAAUAUGACAUAUAUCGCACAUUUAGUUUUGGUCGUUCUUAUGUAGAAAUGUCUAACCCUAUGCUCUCCGAUAAAACACGAGUUAAGACUUUUAACUCUCUUCGAUUCACUUCUCUUUUUGCCGUGAUUUUGGACAGUCGGUUCUUUUUUCCUCAAAAAAGAAACAAUAUAAUUUUCUUUACUGUCCAUAUUGGUUCCGGGACUUCAAUUAGGUUUGCAUACCACUAGCGAGUGUACGCUUGUCCCGUCAGUCUUGAGAACAACAAAUCUUUCAAGAGGUAUCAUGUUUUCGCUAUUUUUCUUUUUCUUAUUUGCCUUUGCGGAUUUGUGACACAUAAAAACGUCAUUGAUUUUUAAUACCCAUACUGAAUUUGAUCAUUUGAUGCAUUGGAGGAUCGUUUUUUCUUGUUUGUCCUGUACUGCUUGUGGAUGCUAAACUCUUUUGUCUAUUUUAUAUUUGAUCAUUUACGUUACAGGCACAAGUAUGUGUGCUUGUCUCUCUAAUGCGUCUACUUGAAUAUUUAGCGUUAACUGUGAUAUAAGUUCCUGCAACUGCGUCAAAUACAGUAGAAACCCAAAUUCAUAACUCAACUUUUCUUGAAUCCCCAUGCAGAUAAAAAUAGAUGGCCAAGAUAUACAGAGCGUAACAACAGAGAGCCUUAGAAAAUCCAUGGUUGUUGUGCCACAGGAUACUGUGAGUAGCUUAAGCCUAAUUUUGAUUGACUUCUGCUUUAUAAAUUUACACUGUUUUAUGGUUUUCAAGUCAAAAUCAUGGGCAGGUAUUGUGUUCAACGCCAUCCUUAUGCAUGAUUAUUUUAACUCUUCAAUGAUGAUCAGAUUCGUGUGUACCAAUUUGGGGUAGGCUAUAUUAGAGAUCCAUUUCAUCCAGUGUAGCACAUUAUAUCUUCCAUUGACACGAAUGCUGGAUCCAUCAUUAUGCGAUCGUAAAGCAGGUGUUGACUUUCCUGUCAAGAACUCCAGUCUGAAUAUCCAAUUCUUCCUCUCAUUUUCACAUUGGCCUUAAGCUUUUAUUGGAUACUAUUCAAUUUGAACGAAAUGCAGCAAGAGUUGUUGUCAGUGUAUGGAAAGAUGCAUUUCUUCUUAAUGGCUAUAGAUACAAGCGACAUUCCUUAUCCAGAAUUUGUUGCAAGUCUGUGGUCAUUUACCUUGCUGAGCUAACAUCUGCCCAGAAAAUAAAUAGACCCACUACACUGUUACUUGAGCAUCAUACUCAAAGUUACAAACGUGGAAAUGGUAAGAUAGCAUAGACACUAAAUGCUGCUGGAAACUCGGAAAAAAAAUCACGUAAAUAUACUUUAUCUUUCUUUGCAUCUACUUUUGAAUGUUUCUGUAUCUCUAGACAUGAAGAGGACCAUAUUUGAUGCACCCACGAGAAAGUUGAGGUUCUUUCGUCGACUAUUUGUUAAGUUGUUGAAACCAAGGAGAGCUAGUUAUGUGGCAUGACAAUGUGAUCUGAAAGGGUUUACUUAAAUUGGCUACUUUAUUUUGGAAAAACAUUUGAUUAGGUCAUCACAUUUCGUUUUGGAUUGUCAUGCCAAGACAUAACGUAUGUAUCUGCCCAUAAUGUUGCAUCUUAGCGGUAUUUUUUGAGCACAUACUUGCAUGGGUUUGUUAUAUUGGAUGAACAUAGCCAGUUCAAUUUUUACACCACGGCAUUGUCCCUAGGUUUUUGUCUUCUUAGGACUUUUUCAUAUUUUUUUCUAUGGGACCUGUUUCAGCCACGUUUGUCUCUUUUGUUGGACAAAUGGAAUCCCACCCAUGUUAUGUUGUUCCUCGUGUUCCUUUGCUGAUAAGUAUGUUGGCAGGUCCUUUUCAACGAUACAAUAUUCCACAACAUACACUAUGGUCGAUUGACAGCAACCGAGGAAGAGGUCAGCGCUGAACAUUGCAGAAUGGGAACCCUGCCAUGUUUCAGCUUCUUUAUGCUUGUUAUUUCGAUUUCUAGGUGUAUGAUGCAGCUCGACGUGCAGCUAUUCACGAUACCAUAAUGAACUUCCCAGAAAAGUACUCCACUGUAGUCGGAGAACGAGGGCUAAAGGUCAGAUGCCCUGUGCGCCGUGCGUUACGCCGCUAUUUCUUCAUACCAUAGAGCUCCGUUAUAUUUUCAAAGUGCAAAAUGCCAUGAAGUUUCAUUUUAUGCUUGGGGAUGCUGAUCCGAUCAUAUUCGGUGAGGAUUAAAAUAUUAUGUUCCUUCCGCAGUUAAGCGGUGGAGAAAAGCAGCGAGUAUCACUUGCUCGUGCCUUUUUGAAAGCAUCAUCUAUCCUGUGAGUAAUUCUUUCAUACGUCGAUCAUACAAUCUUCCAUGCUAGUUUUGGUAGAAAACUAAACUUGAUUUUCUCAGCAAACUACGGCUACGCCAUUUCUUGGUGCUGAAAGCAAGCUAAUAUUUGCAUUAUAUCGUUUUAUGAACCUUUGGACGAGGGCAAUGGCAUGUGAUAAAAAUCUUUCACAUCUGCGUGCUGUACUAAAAGCCUUUCUGCACUGUAGGCAACUCUUUCUUCUUCUUGUCCUCCUCCCCUUCGUCCGUGAUUCUGUGCUGUUGCAUUAUUUUUUCUUAUGUUUUCCUGGAAGAGCAGUAGAUCAGAUCAAGUGAAAUUUAUACCUCAUUCAUGAAAUCGAUACUUUAUUUAUAGGUUUCUGUGCUGUUGCAUUGUUUUUUCUUAUGUUUUCCUGGAAGAGCAGUAGAUCAGAUCAAGUGAAAUCUAUACCUCAUUCAUGAAAUCUAUACUUUAUUUAUAUGUUUCUGUGCGACGGAAGAGUCAGCAGCUCAUUCCCACUGAUUCUAACAUGAAUCUGCAAGAAAUUUCUUCUUUGAUGAUUAUUUUUUCUUCAUUAUAUAUCGACCCCAGUAGAUUUAUUUUUAUUUUCUAUUUUUUAAAGAAGGAAAUUUAUUUGUGUAUCAUGGAUACACAUUACAUAAAGUAAUCCAUCGCCGUACCAGGUUAUGCGAUGAGGCUACCAGCGCUCUUGAUAGCACAACCGAGGCUGAAAUACUGAGCUCAUUGAAGUCUUUAUCAAGGAACCGGACCUCGGUCUUCAUCGCUCAUCGACUCACCACUGCCAUGCAAUGUGACGAGGUAAUGAUAAAUUCAGAAGCAUAGUCCUCCUAUCUUCAUUAUCAACACAUAUACAUAUAUAUAUACAUACAUAGUAAUAUUUGAAUCUCCUUUCUGUUGAUAACUAGGAUAUUCAUGCUACUCAAUCCUCUCCUUAGGAUUUCAGCUUUUGUGGGUCCCCACGCUCUUAUUAUCUGGUCUCCUUAUCUUCUGUUGAGGACUAAGAUGUUGGGUUUUUGUAGGUGAUUGUUCUUGAGAGCGGGAGGGUGAUGGAGCAGGGCCCACAUGAUGUUCUUCUGACCAAGGGAGGGAGAUACGCCCAGCUGUGGGCCCAGCAGAACAACAGCGAGGGCGCCGAUACGACGACUCUCCAGUUGGAAUCAACCCCCCCUUCCGAGGUACCCACCGGGUCAAAGCUCUGA